UUAAGCGCAUUGAUGGUGUACAUACCUUUGCUUCACACCACAUUGCGAUACAUAAUCUAGUUGCUGGGUUGCGCUACUUGUAAUGAAUGAGCCCCGUAACGCCGCCAUGGGAGAAAGUCUUGUGGAAGAAACAGCCUUAUCCUGAUAAUUACAUUCCGGAAGGCGCCUUGGACUCGUCAUUGAGAAAGAAUCCUAAUUUCAAGCCAUAUACCUAUUGGCCUCUGGUACAUCUAUCCACCGCAAUUACCCAGCACCUAGCGACCAUAUUCAUCUUUCUCUGCGUUUUCGUUCGGCUGAAAGACCAUUCUUUGGAUCCCCGUGUACUCAUUUUCUUAUCUUUGGGAUGUUUCUUCCUGGGUUAUCUUGUAUGGGAGGUUCUUCAAUACACACAAAAUUUGGGUGGCAGCAAUCACGGCAAUGAAAGAAACGAACGCAUUCGCCUUGACCGCGUAAAAACAUUCAAAUCUUCUAUCUUGAUAUUUCUCGCUCUGAUGUCAUUGUCUCCUGUUCUACGAACGUUGUCUGCGGCCACUUCGUCAGAUUCCAUCUGGGCACUCUCAGCAUGUCUGUUCCUUCUGAAUAUACUACUAGCCGACUAUGGUUCAUCGAACCCAGUGAUUCAAGGUAGACACGAAAGACUGACCUCCGUUUUGUCCAUGAAUGCUGCCAUAUCAUCUUCGGUCGUCCUAGCUUCUAGGUUGACCAAUGAUUUGGCUGUCUUUGCACUGAUACAGUUUUCUGUGCAAUCAUUCACCUUAUUUCCGAUGCUUAGGCGGCGACUCCAAGCUUUCAGCGACAAAAAACCAUCGACACAAGCAAUGCAAACUCUUCUAACGUUGAUUCUGUCAAUAUCUUCCUUCCUUUUGGCAAUACCACUCUCGAGCACAAUCGCUUUCCUGGUUCUGUUCGUUCUUCUGGCGGUCACAAUGCUUGCUCCUGCGGUGUUGGUGUGGGCGCAGAAGUAUAAAAAUGAAAUUAGGGGACCAUGGGAUGUUGCAGUUCCCAAAUUGAAUUAAACCUCAACUGAUAUGGUGACUCGCGAGCUGUAUAGGAACUCUACCUUUGGGGGUCGUUGACCCAAUAGCUAUUCCCCAACCUCUUUCUCGUAUCUGGUCUGGGGAGUACGAGCUUGGAUAAUUGACCCAGGUUCACGAUGAUCACGGAUUCCCAUUAGUUCCCAUUCGGUUAGAUAUCUGCCUUCUGUUCGCACUUGGCUGGCUCGGAACGUUUUUGGCUUUAGCGAUGGUCGAUCAAGCACGAGAUGGAUCUUGUUCUUGUGCCUUCAUCUCAUUUGUUGGUGAAUCAUUCAUUAAUGUUUAGCGGCGGAGUUGGCCCGAGUGUAACUUCUUAUGGCUUGUAGACCACCAUGUAUUGAUUUUCACCCUGAAUUCAGUUUUCUUCAGGCAACGAGGCAAGAGCUGUGAG